AUGACCGCCUACGGCCUGGGCCCCGGCCGCUUCGCCUUCGUGCUGCUGUUUGCGCUCUGCAGCCGGCCCGCCUCUGGCCAGGACUGCAGCGGGCAGUGCCAGUGCGGCCGCCCGGCGCCGCGCUGCCCGGCCGGCGUCAGCCUGGUGCUGGACGGCUGCGGCUGCUGCCUGGUGUGCGCCAAGCAGCUGGGCGAGCUGUGCACCGAGCGGGACCCCUGCGACCCGCACAAGGGUCUCUUCUGCGACUUCGGCUCCCCGGCCAACCGCAAGAUCGGCGUGUGCACCGCCAAAGAUGGUGCUCCCUGCGUCUUUGGAGGGACAGUGUACCGAAGCGGAGAGUCUUUCCAGAGCAGCUGCAAAUACCAAUGCACUUGCAUGGACGGGGCUGUGGGCUGCGUGCCCCUGUGCGCCAUGGACGUUCGCCUGCCCAGCCCUGACUGCCCCUUCCCUCGGAGGGUCAAGCUCCCCGGGAAAUGCUGCGAGGAGUGGGUGUGCGACCAGCCCAAGGACCACACCGUGGUUGGCCCAGCCCUGGCUGCUUACCGACUGGAAGACACCUUUGGCCCAGACCCAACUAUGAUUCGCGACAACUGCCUGGUCCAGACCACAGAGUGGAGUGCCUGCUCCAAGACCUGUGGGAUGGGCAUCUCCACCCGCGUUACCAAUGACAACGCCUACUGCAGGCUGGAGAAGCAAAGCCGCCUCUGCAUGGUGAGGCCUUGCGAAGCCGACCUGGAAGAGAACAUUAAGAAAGGCAAAAAGUGCAUCCGUACCCCCAAAAUCUCCAAGCCUAUCAAGUUUGAGCUUUCUGGCUGCACUAGUGUGAGGACAUACCGGGCAAAGUUCUGCGGAGUAUGCACAGACGGGAGAUGCUGUACCCCCCACAGAACCACCACCCUCCCUGUAGAGUUCAAGUGUCCGGAUGGGGAGGUUAUGAAGAAGAACAUGAUGUUUAUCAAGACCUGUGCCUGCCAUUAUAACUGUCCCGGAGACAAUGACAUCUUUGAGUCACUCUUCUACAGGAAAAUGUAUGGUGACAUGGCAUAAAACCAGAGAGAGUGAGAGAUAUUAACUCUGUAGGUUGUAACUUGAACUGAUUCACAUCUCAUUUUCAUGUAAACGUGAUUUCCUUAGCACAAGUUAUUUAAAUCUGUUUUUGUAACUGGGGAAAAGAAAAGUUCCCACCAAUUUCAAAAUAUUGUGCCAUGUGACAUUCAAAUAGUCUAUCAACCCCAGACACUGGUUUGAAGAAAGUUAAGACUUGACCUUGACGGUGGGACUACAUUAGCUCAUUGCACCAGAAUGUAUACUAAGGUGUGGCUUUGGGAGCAGUGGGAGGGGCAGCAGAGAGGCUUGUCAUCUUAAAAUAAUAAUGUGCCUGCUGUUUGGAGUGUAACUUAGAGGGAACAUAGCACGUUGGAUGACCUGCCUGACGCUCCAGUGACAGCUAGGAUGUGUACUCUCCAGCCAUCAUGAGGCAAAGUCAAGGUCUUCUUUGAGUCAGAACAGCAGAUUCAGCUCUGACAUUCUGAUUCGAAUGGCAGUAUUCAGGAAUCAGAAUCUUGUCUGUUAGACUGGACAGCUUGUGGCAAGCUAAUUUGCCUGUAACAAGCCAGAAUUUUUUUUUAUUGAUAUUGUAAAUGUUGCGUGUAUAUAUAAAUAUAUAUAUUUGUACAGUUAUCUAAGUUAAUUUAAAGUUGUUUGUGCCUUUUUGUUUUUGUUUUUAAUGCUUUGAUAUUUCAAAUGUUAGCCUCAAUUCUGAACACCAUAGGUAGGAUGUAAAACUUGUUUGAUAAUUCAAAGCAUGAAAUGGAUAUUCAAAUGGAAAUUCUGUUCAGUAAGAGUGACAGUCCAUCUAAACAGUUUGCUGAAGGUGAGGCCGAGAUGUCCUUGGAAGUCUGAUUUAUGGGUUGGAACUGUGGUAGCCUCACUUUUAAUAAACAAAUGACCUUUAUUAAUAAAUGAGUGGCUCUAUAAGGCUGAUCAGUUUUUCCACCUGGAAGCAUUUGUUUCUACUUUGACUAUGACUGUUUUUUGGACAGUUUAUUUGUUGAAAGUGUGACCAAAAGUUACAUGUUUGCACCUUUCUAGUUGAAAAUAAAGUAUAUAUUUUUUCUAUAAA